AUGUCAACCUCCACCAACCAACCUUCGCAAACCUCAGACACCAGUCCCUCCACGGAACCCGUCGUCUAUGGAAGCUGCUACUGUCAAAAAACAACCUACAUCACAACAGCCCCAUUGUACGGGUUAACAUACUGCUACUGCCGCAUGUGCCGCCUUCUGCACGGCUCCCCCUUCGCAGCAUUCACGAACGUGGAGUCGUCUCAUUUCCACUGGACCAGGUCAGACCACCUUGCUGAAAUCAAUCUUAGCAAGUAUGCUACUCGCACAAUCUGUGGUGAAUGCCGCAGUCCUAUGACGAUGGUUUACCAUGCUAAGCCAAACGAAGUGGGCAUUGUGGCUGUCACUGUUGAUGAGAGUAAAUCUAAGGACAAGGUGCCGGGGCAGGUAGAGGGGCAUAUCUUUUUAGAAUGCAGGCCUCCUUGGUUUGUUAUUCCGGAGGAUGGAGGAGAGCGGAGUAUGGGGAUUUUGGAGAGGAUGAGGGGGUUGUACCGGAAGGGUUAUAGGUAUUCUUAG